GAGGAGCGGGAGGGAGGCAGGGCAGCGGCGCGGGGCGGAGUCUGCAAACUUUCGCUUCGAGAGCAUUGUGGGAAGCAGCCAUGGUCUGAUGCGGGCGCCUCACCUGUCAGCCGCGCCGGCUCCAGCGCUCGCGUCUCGCCCUCGCGUCCCCCGCGCUCGUCCCUCGCCGGCCGGGGACGGCGGCGGCCCGGCCACCAUGAUACAUUUCAUAUUGCUCUUCAGUCGACAAGGGAAAUUACGGCUGCAGAAAUGGUACACUACUCUCCCUGACAAGGAAAGGAAAAAGAUCACGCGCGAAAUUGUUCAGAUUAUUCUCUCCCGAGGUCAGAGAACAAGCAGUUUUGUUGACUGGAAGGAGCUAAAACUUGUUUAUAAAAGGUAUGCUAGUUUAUAUUUUUGCUGUGCGGUAGAAAAUCAGGACAAUGAGCUCUUGACCCUAGAGAUUGUGCAUCGGUAUGUGGAGUUGCUGGACAAAUACUUUGGAAAUGUCUGUGAGCUAGAUAUUAUCUUUAAUUUUGAAAAGGCUUAUUUUAUCCUGGAUGAGUUUAUCAUCGGUGGAGAGAUUCAGGAAACAUCCAAGAAAUCUGCUGUCAAAGCCAUUGAGGAUUCUGAUAUGUUACAGGAGACAAUGGAAGAAUACAUGAACAAGCCUACCUUUUAACCAUACAUCUACUUGAAAACUACAAGUGCUACGUGUUAUGAACCUGUAAAUAAGCAGUGCCUUGAAUUUAGUUAGAUGACAGGGCUUCUGGCACCAUGCCAAAAAUAGCUUAAAAGGGAUUUUUUUUCACUAGCAAAAAUUAAAGUUGUUUGAUAUAUUUAUCAUUAUUCAUAUCUGUAUUAUACUGUAUAUGACUGCUUGGAUGUUAAAAAAACUGCUUCAUAGUUCAAUAGACCGAAUGUUUGCAGUGUUUUAACUCCAUGUCAUAUUUUUGAGCGAAUUUAAAUAAAUUUGUUGCAGUGUGUUUUGUUGCAUUUGAUCCUCUUCUGACAGGAUGGAAACUGUAUUAUAAUCCAUGAUUUUGAGUGUAAAGUAUAUCUUGUAAUAUUUUUUCUAAAUGUUUAGCUUUUUAAAUUGUGUAGUGAUACACGUAAUGCUGUCAUUUCAAUCCAGAUACAGAGUAUCUGAUUUUGAUGUCCUGAAGUCAUUAAUUUUUCAGGGCUGGAAUUAAGGAAAACAACCAAAGAUAGUAUAGGACUUAAGUGCUUUUGUUAUUGUUAUUUUAAAUUUUAUUUUAUUUUUAAUUGGGAGAUAAUGACUGGACUUAUAUGUUUUGAUGCCUUAGAAGCUGCUAUCUAGGCAAGGUUUUAAUUUUACCUUUUAAUUGAAUAUGAGGGGCAUUCCAAUAAGGUUGUGUUUUCUACAAGCUCUGUGUAUUUAUUAAGAUUUUGAUACAUCUGAAAAUAGUGUCUAUAAUGUCCCUUAUCAUAAAUAGUAUAAUAAAGAUUAAUAACAGCAGCAAUAAUAGUUAUUAAUACUGCUAUUUUAAUUAUCUUUUAUGUUACAAGUACCCUUAGUUGCUUGAGAUAUUUUUGUUUCCAAUAUGUUUUCAUGUAUAUCUAAUAUAUUUGAAGACUUACUGUUUAUUAGGGUUGCUUGGAACAUUGAAUAUUAUUGUUGCCUGAAUAGUAUGUGCCUUUCUCCUUUUUCUUUCCUCAUCUCCCGAAGGAAAUAUUUGCUGCUGCCUGUUAUUAUUGUGACUAUGUCGCACUCAUGCUUCCUGAAAUGAAAGUUCUAUAUAACGAGGUAGUAAAAGUGAUCAGACCCUCUAGGGAGAACUAACUUCUACUGUUCUGUCUUGGUGCCCUGUUUUGAUGUCUUACCUGUGCAUUUUCAGCAUGUAUUUGAGGUCAAAUAUCAUGUUGCAGUGGUUAGGGAUCCUUUAUUGUUCUUCCUAAGAGAACAGUGUGCUUGCUGUUGGAGAAUCCAACAUGAGAGAAAAAUGUCCUCUUUAACUGAUCUUGCCAGACAUACUUAGGGAAAAAUGGCUGGAGAAGUGUGGAAGAACAUGAG